UGGUUUUCUCAAGAGCAAGGAGGCAAUUGCUGAUUACUGACACUGAGGAGCUCCACCACCGGAGGGCCUGUGAGACACACAGGACCGUCAGAGAGACACACAGGGCUGUCAGUAAACUGCACGAAUUGUAAGCAUGCAGAAGGACUCAUGAGUGAAGCCACGGGACAGGCAGGGAGACAAGCCUAGCUUCUCAAAAGCUGCAACAACAGUGGACUUGUCUAGACUUUAAACACCAAGCAACAGGUCAAAAAGGGCUCCAUUGAUCAGUUUGCAUUGGAUGUGGUCAGAAUGGCAGCGGCAAGUCCGCCAUGGUAUCACUUGGACAUCAGUCGAGCCCAAGCCGAGGAGCUGCUAGCCAAUGCCGGAAUGGAUGGCAGUUUCCUUGUGAGGGGCAGUGAGUCAGUGGCAGGAGCAUAUGCACUUUGUCUGCUGUAUCUAAAACAGGUUUAUACUUAUAGGAUCCUGCAAGAUGAGGAAGGGUUUCUGGCUGUCCAGACUGAAAAAGGUGUCCCAGUGAAGCGAUUCUCAUGUCUCACCGAUCUGAUGUUAAAUUAUCAGCAACCUUAUCAAGGGCUGGUAACACCACUGCAAUAUCCUGUGGAGAGAGAAAAUGAGAAAGAGAUCUUGGAUGAUCUGUCAGAUGGUGAGGAUGAGAAACCAGCCUUGCCCCCUCGCCCAUUCAAUACCUCCAUCACUACUUCAGAAGGAAGAAAUACCUUAAUUCAACAGCUACAGGAACGUUUACAGGAGGGUUCUCUGAAAAGUGAUUAUUCUACAUUGGUAAAUGACUACUUGAAGACGAGCCUUCAAAAGGAUCUUGAUGCUAUGAGUAUGGGGACUACAACUCUCUUACAUCUCAACAGGGCCGUUGUGAGGUUGUGCAAAGACCUUGAUAGGGAGAUAGACCUGGUGAUUGCUAACCUUGACGUAAUAACACAAGUAUUUGGUGGGAAUACCCAUUGCAACACAUUCAAAAAAGAGGAGCCUCUCAGUCCAAGCGGUUCUCGUGAGCUUGAAGUCCUCGUCAACAAAAUUAAAAAUCUGGGCAAUUUGCUGCCUAACAUGGAGGAAAGGGUUUUGAGGGGAUUGCAACAGAUGGCGGUUACACACAGGGUGGAAUUACCUGUCCAUUUAGCAUCUCCUGAAAGCAUCGGAAGGAAUUCAUCCAAACCUAUCCCAAUUCAGAGCUUUGAGGUAAAAUUUGGAAAGACUCAGAAAUAUACAUUGAGUGUUGAUGUGGAUGGGGGAAAGCUUCAAAUCUCCAAGAAAGCCAUUGGUUCACCUGAGGAAUCCAUCUCAUAUGAUAAAAUUUUGCAAUUGGUUAAAUAUCAGAGCACGCCAAACACACUACAGAUUGUGACUGACAAAGAAAAUCAGAAAAAUCAGCUGAGGGAUUUCAUUUUUGAAAAUGCACGGAAGCGAGAAGCUUUCUGUCAGCUUCUUCAGCUUAUGAAGAACAGACACUCUCAGCAGGAUGAACCAGACAUGAUAUCCAUCUUUAUCGGAAGCUGGAACAUGGGUGCUGCUAACCCUCCAAAAAGCAUCGCUUCUUGGCUUAUGUCAAAGGGCCUUGGACGUACAAGAGAUGAAACGACAGCCACUAUACCUCACGAUAUCUAUGUGAUCGGGACCCAGGAGAACUCACUAGGUGACAAGGAGUGGGUGGAUUUCCUGCGAGCUGGAAUAAAAGAUGUAACAGAACUGGAUUUCAAAGUGGUUGCCACACAGUCACUGUGGAGCAUUAAAAUUGCGGUGUUGAUUAAACCAAACCAUGAGAAUCGAGUCAGUCACGUCAACAUGUCCAGUGUAAAAACUGGAAUAGCAAACACAUUUGGUAAUAAAGGUGCAGUCGGUGUUUCAUUCCUAUUUAAUGGGACAUCUCUGGGUUUUGUCAACUGCCACUUAACAUCUGGUAGUGAAAAAGUCCUCAGGCGAAACCAGAAUUACUUGGAUAUACUCCGUUUGUUAUCAUUGGGAGAUAAACAGCUCAGUUCUUUUGACAUCGCUCUGCGUUUCACCCAUAUUUUCUGGUUUGGAGACCUUAACUAUCGACUAGAUAUGGAUAUUCAGGAUAUCCUAAACUAUAUCAGCAAAAAGGAGUUUGAGCCAUUACUGAGUGUUGACCAACUGAACUUGGAGCAAGAGAAAAGAAAGGUUUUCCUGAAAUUCUAUGAGGAAGAAAUCACUUUCCCUCCGACCUAUCGAUAUGAACGAAACACCAGAGAUGUUUACUCAUGGCAGAAGCAUAAAACCACUGGAGUAAGAAUAAAUGUUCCUUCUUGGUGUGAUAGGGUCCUGUGGAAAUCCUACCCAGAAACAUAUAAUCAGUGUACUUCAUAUGGUUGCACAGAUGAUAUCAUGACCAGUGACCACUCACCCAUCUUUUCCACAUUUGAAAUUGGGGUAACAUCCCAGUUUGUGUCUAAAAAAGGUCCUUGCAAUAGUUCUGGGCAAGCCUGUAUUGAGUUUGAAAUCAUUGAAGCUAUCGUGAAGACAACGUGCAAAACAAAAUUUUUCAUUGAAUUUCACUCAAGUUGUUUGGAAGAAUUUAAGAAAAGUUUGGAUAAUGGUACCCAGCUGUGUAUUAAACAUGGAUUCCUGAGAGUUGAAUGGGCCGCACACCAGUUGCCAAUGUUAUCUCCAAUUCUAUCUGAUAUUGAGUACUUACAAGACCAACACCUCCUACUGACCAUAAAAUCCACAGAUGGAUAUGAAUCCUAUGGAGAGUGCUGUAUUGCUCUGAAGCCCCUGAUUGGAAACACACCACAGAGGUUUGAGACGGGUCUGUCCCAUCUGGGAGAUGAGUCGGGAUCUAUCCGCGUAACGAUGAGGGUCGUUGUUCCUGCUGAGCGCAAGCGAACUCGUGAACGUCUUUAUGAAUGGAUCAGCUCAGAAAGAGAUGGCACCCGACAGCCAAAGGAUAAGGCCAUAUCUUCCAAACCGAUGCAGGAGUAUGCUGGAGACUAUGGGAAAAAAUUUGGCCAGAGUUCAGCUUUCUCUGAAGUUGUCAGUUCGAUGUUUUCCAAUUGGCCUGAUGAUGGCGCUCACCUUGCGAAUGCUGCCACAGGAAUAAAAGGAAAGGGAAGUGAAGAGGCCAUUCAGUCAAGGAUGAAACAAAGUAACAUGGCAGAAGAUGACACCCAUUUGAACAGUUACAACAAUCCAGCCUAUUUCGUACUUGAAGGACUCCCUUACCCCCAGUCUGGAACAGGCUGUCAGGAAAAUGCAGGGAUUCCAGUGUCCAAAACCAUCCCCAGGAAUAAACCACAACCUCCUCCUCCAACAUUGUUGGAGAAACCAAGGGACCCAUCCUUCCGUCACUUAAACAAUGAAGGUGGUUCCUCAGAUCAUGAAAGUCCACGCAGCUCUUAUGAUCAGUCCCAACACGCUUUCCCUAAAGUGAUGGAAGUUGAAAUGCAGAACAACCCACUUUAUGCCAGUUCUGCGGAUGUAUGGGCUAAAGCUCACCAGGCUGCAGCAGCCAAAGCCAACCAAGAGUGGCACAAGAGUGCAACAUCAACCAGGGACUCCCCAGAAUUCAAAGCUCCUACCACAGCGCCCAGGAGCUUCUCCAGGCCUCAGGUGGGGGGGAAAGGUGGGCCUCAGGCUUCACUGAUCAAUGAGGUCAAAGACAAAAUCUCCGAAAGAAAGUCAGAGGACUUCCAUGUGGCAAAAUCUUCAAGUGGUAAGGACCGCCAGAUCAACAGAUGUGAACUCCCCCCUCCUAUUCGAGAACGGCCAACAGUGAGUCCUCGGUUGCCAGCUAGAAACAAAGCACCAGAGGUUCAGCCUCGAUCAACACGGAUGGAUGUGCCUCCACCAUUGCCAGUCAAGAGCAGGACAAUCGAGGCUGGGACCUUUGACAUUCGUAGCAGCUGUGGUAUCCUCUCUGAGUUUCUGAAGCACUUGGGCUUGGAUAAGUAUGAAGCAGGUUUGAUUGAGAACGGUUGGGAUAACUUGGAAUACUGGAGUGGCAUCACUGAAGAGGAUUUGGUGGAAGCCGGUGUCAUUGACCUCACUCACAGGAAGAUGCUUCUGGAAGUAACUUUUCAAAAAAAGCCUUGACGAACAACCCUCCAAAAAAGGGAAAGGACCACAGGCUACACCAUACAGGCCUUUUUUCUAAUUUCAUUUCAGAAACGAUUCUUAAUUGGACAAAAAACUUUGUGAGAAAUGCCAAAUCAUAGCAUAUCCUGAUAGUCCUUUGACAUGCUUGGAAGAAACUGUGGGGAUAAAAUUCAACGGAGCCUCCAGCGUAACCUUGACACAAGGCUAGCCAAACCACCAGGAAAACAGCAGGGGCCACAUCAUGUCUGUUCAAGAUCCUGAGGGGUAUGGACAGGGUAAAUAGUGAGAAACUUCCUGAAAGGAUGGCGGAGGCAGGUUCGAUUGAGGCAUUCAAAAGGGAAUUGGAUUGCUACCUGAAGGGAGAGAAUGUGCAAGGUUAUGGGGAUAAGGUAGGGAGUGGGACUAGUGGAAGGCUCUUUCAGGGAGCCAGUGCAGAGUUAAUGGGCUGAAUGACCUCCUGCACUGUAAAGAUACUGAGAUACUAUGUCAGGUCGCCAAUGUGUCCGAAACUACCCUUAAUGUCACCUCUAUUCACCCUUUACAAGACAAAUGAUAGCUCAGGGCCAGAACCAGGGACAUGAAUUCCCUAAGCUGGGAGUCAAUACUCCUGAGCCUGGAAGGGAACCCAGUUUGGUAGUGGUGGAAGACUUUAAGGCCUAGAAAUUUGAUGGUUCUGCACCCAUUUUUUGAGCUCUUGAUAGGAACUAAAGCAUUGAUGGCUGGCAAAAGACCCACAGGAUCCAUAUUGGUAUGGGCUCAAGAAAAUGGGGGCCAAGGGCCCAUGCCUAAAACAGGCCCUUUGCAUAAGAAAAUGAAAAGCCUACUGCCUAUUCAAGGCCUCCUGUGGAAAAUCGGGUUACCCUGAACACAGCCAGCACUGGGUCAGCUGUGUUCCAGAAAAAUGGUUUUACACACAGCCUGACCAGCAGUGCUUAAAAGGGACCAUUGUGGGCUGCUUUCAAAGAGAUAAUUUUUCAAAAUGGACUUUCUGAAUGCCAGGAUGAGCAGAAGUGAGGAAAUUGGACUUUUGCAAAUGAUUGUGCUAGGCCCAAGUGUUCUUGAUGUUUUGUGCCGAUUCCAAUACAGCUCCAUUAUUGUCAUACGUCAUUUAUUAACUUUGCACAGUCCCAGCGUAAAGGAGAAGCUCAGGUGAUUUUCCUCGAUUACACCCAUCCUGUAUUGACUAUAAGUUUACGCCUGAAAGUUGAGGCACAACAAAAACCAAAGUCACGUUUCUGGUCUUUUAUAAUGAUUUAAGAAAAAAUUUCUCAAAGACCUGAAUAUUCUUUAUCUUUGAAAGCAUUUUAAUGGCAUCAGAUGGAGUUACAUGAAAAUUUGGAAAGCUUCCAUGAUUGCAUCUUGCUAAAGAUGCUGCACCUAAUGUGCAUUAAAGUCGAUUUUAAUGCCUCCAAAAUUUAAUUUUCAUACGUUGAGAGGACAGAAGGAAGAUGGCAUAAGUUGAGUGUUUUCCUUUGACCACAGUUAUUUUCACAGAUUUUCCCUUGAUUUUUUUCGUGUACGUUAAAUAAUUGCGAUUUUAUAGGGCUUCAGUGAGACCACACCCGGAGUAUUGUAUUGUUUUCAUCAUCUUACCAAAGGAAGGACAUACUUGCUUUAGAGGAGGCACAAUCACUAGAUUGACUCCUGGUUGGAGAGGGCUGUCCUAAGAGGAAAGAUUGAGUACAAUGGGCCUGUACUCUCUGGAGUUUAGAAGAAGUAAUUGCUUUCAGUGAAACAUGUAAGGUUCUGAAAUGACUUGAAAGGGUAGAUUGGGAGAGGCUUGCUAAAUUUUCUUGCCCCAUUGGAAACGGUCUGGGAGACAGAAGGGCUGGAAAAUUGGUAGAGGGAGCCAGAUGUCUUACUGUUGUUAUACCAUAUUAUCCAUGGUAGAUCGGUCUCCCACUUAAGUGGCCAAACAAGAGCCACUUCCUGCCUCUGUGGGCAUCUUACCCAUGUUGGGGAGCCCUGCCACUGUAUGGGAGACCUGCCACAGUGUACAGCAAUCCACCAUGUAAUCCUUGGUGGCCUCCCAAUGCAUUCCAACAGGGAAGGUGGGAGGGGGGCUCCUUUUUUUGGGCACUCUUUGGCCCACAAAAGAGCCCCCGGUGGGAAUGGCCACGCUUAUUGGCAAUGGCACCACUGGUGCUCAAUGACCAUCUCACCUCCCCCCACCCACCUACCUCCACACUGACACUGAUUGCCAGGACUACCUGCCUGGCCCCAGCUUCCUCCAGCCACACUAACCUCUCUUCAAGGGCAUCCUACCAUUGAGACACCCUUUGUCAGGCAACCUAGACAAUGGCCGCUGUUAUCAGUCGCGCUGCUGAGGUGGCUGAGCUGUUGGCUCUCUGGGCUGGUGGUUCUUGGGGACGGGCUGCUGUCCUUAAUUGGACGGUGGCCCCAGUGGCAGCCUCUAAAUUGGCUGCUGCUGGCAAUAUGCCAUACAAGGGUCCUGCUGCUGGCUGAAGCGGGGUCAGCACCCACUUUGAGUCCCGGCAGUGGGACUUCACCAUCAAAGUUCAGCCUGCAGCUUCCCCUGACUGGAGAGUCUAGAACAUGAGGGCAAUGUCCCCGGAUAAGGAACUAACCAUUUAGGACUGAGAUGAGAAAUCUCUUCACUCAGACGGUUGCGAGCUUUUAGAGUUUUCUACCCCAGAGGACUCUGGAUGCUCAGCGGUUCAGUAUAUUCAAGGUUGAGAUUGGUAGACUUCCGGAUAUCAAGGGUAGGGGGAGUUGGUGGUAGACAAUCAGCCAUCUUCUUGUUGAAUGGCGGAGUAGGUUCAAGAGGCUGUAAGGCCUAGUCCUACUCCUAUUUCUUGUGUUAUGCCUGUUUUUAUAUUCUGGCAUGUGCUAUUGUGAUUUUCAGGAAAUGUUUUGUUCAACAGGAGAUUGGCAAAAAUUUUGAAGUAGACCUUGGCCUAAUCUAGCCUUAUUUGUCAGUAUACAAUUUAAUGCACCCCUCAUUUUUAAUUUUAAGAUUGGUUUUGUUUUUUCCUGACCAUCCUUGAGGCUUCCCAGCAUUUGUAUGACUAACAGACCAGGCAAACAGACUGCUCCAAGGUCUCUGCCAGGGCUCCUCUUGAGCUGAUGCGCAAGAAUAUUCCAUGAUCCUGACCACCAGUUGUAUUCCCUGAAUGUGGAUGUAGCUGGUUUCAGGUUGGCCAAUUCCUCAGAAAACAUUGUCAAAAUCACAAACUCACAGUGGCUGUGGUAGAUUUCACCUUUCCCAUCUGCGCAGGAAGCUAGUGGAGUGGAUUGGACACCCUUUAUAGAUCUCGCCUGACUCUUAUGCCUUUGAAAUCAAUGGAGUAAAAAUCAGACAUGCUCCAGAACAGGUAUGGGGAUGUCACUGACCAGACAAAGUUAAAAUCAGGAAUUUAGUCUCUACAGAUACUUCAUUUUAGGGAAACACCACUGGAUAUUGAACUUAAGGCCUGAAUUUCACACUUGGCGUGCGUGCCAAGUUGGAGGACCAGGAAGUGGACGCAGAAUGUGCAUCUGCCUGCAAUCUGCCCCCGAACACAAUUUCAUACUGGCUGGCCAAAUAACAGGCAGCCUGUGUGAAACAUGCGCUGAGAAAGCUUCAGCGCUGCCAAGGGAGGGGCGGGGAGAGGGCGGGCACCGACAAAAGUGAGGGUGCAGGUGGACACUUGUAGCGAGCUCCCUGAAGGCAGAAAGCUGCUGCGGAGCUGCCUCAGGGAGCUGCAGACCUGGACUGAUUAAAUGAGAAGAAAAAAAAUGCAGCAAACUGUGUCUAUGUAGCACAUCCAAGCACCUGACAGCAGAACCCGAAAAACAUCCGUCCCCAGGUAUCAUUUGUUAUUAUAUUUCACCCCCAGACAUUUCAUCCCGCCCUUGGAUGAGGUUUCGUUAAAAACGGGCUGCUCUCCUGCCUGUGCGACAAGUGAGAAAUCACAUGGGCAACGUAACAUCAUGGACAAUAGGGUUUUUAAUGGCCUUAAUUGGCUCUUCAAUUGUCGGCGAGCGCGGCUCUGACUCCCGUGUGCACCCGCCGACCUCAAUAUAGGUUGCGUGCGCGAUGACAUCAUGAUGCACGCCGGACAUCAUUUCACGCAAUUCCACAUGCGUUCGGCUCGAUCAACUUAAGAUUCAUCUCUGGUGAGUUAGACUGCUGUGGUAAACCUACAUUUUGUUUCGAUAAUAGAAUAGAAAUUGCACACAAGUUCUGGGGGGUGGGGGGUGAAAUCAAAAUGCACGAUGGAUAAUCAUGCAACUUACAUUGUCCUGUAGGACACCUACACUGAACUACAAGGCAUUGACUCGUGGGGGAAUGGAUACUUAAGCACAAACAUUAGACAUAGCAACUUUAUGAUACAGAUUUUGAUCAUUUUCUUUUGGAAGCAUUCCUGUAUUUAAUACAAUGCCAUAUACACAUAUGGUAUGAUAAUGCACUUCAGCGCUGAUUAUUUUGAAUGAAGAAGAUACUCCAAUAAAAAAGGAGCCUAUUAUGGAUUAUUGUACACUAUAUAGGUUUCUUUGAAUGUUUGAUUUGAAUAUAUAUGUAUUAUAUAUAUUGAAAGCUUACUGGAGAAUUUGUUAUUAAUAGCAGUCCACUGUUAAGUUUAACCUUGUAAUUUCUGUAGGCUUCUUAAUUAAUAUAUCGCUUGGAGUU